GUGAUCUAAUGUAAACAAUAAUAAACAAAAACAUUUUGUAAACAGAAAUACUUCCUUUUCCUAAAGAGCUUCAACCAAACAAAUCUGAGCAGCCGGAAACGUUUUACAUCCUUCAAACAUAACAAAACACAACUAGACACGCAUUUCUACAUUUCUUAUAAUUACUAUAUAUUUUAACAGUUAAAUUUUUCAUUUGAAUAUUAAAUGAUUUAUUAUAUUUGCUGGAAGUCAUCUACUUGAAUUAGCCUACCUUCGUUUGAAUACAUUUUUGGUCUAUUGAAAUGAGCAGUUUCACAAAGAAGAAGCAUGUUACUGAAGAAGUAUUAAAUUCAUAUGAUCUCCCAGCAAGCAAUCAGUCUAUUGUUAAAAUCGUUGGAAGCCGGGGCAACAAUCUACAUGAAAUUCUUACUCCAAAAGGUGAUACAUUCUUGGUCAGCAUGCCUAACAAGUUCAGAAAGCAUGUCUGGAUAAAGAGGGGAGAUUUUGUAAUCAUUGAGCCAAUAGUAGAAGGAGAUAAAGUCAAAGGAGAAAUCAUGCGAGUUUUACUUAAAGAUCAGAUUCUUUAUUUCCAACAGCAAAGUGUAUGGCCUGAACAGUUUUCUGAAGCAGUCCCUCAGAGGCAAGAAAGACAGGCAUCAAAUUCUAAUGAUGAAUUAUUUAUAAAUACUAAUAGACCUUAUGUAGAUAUUUUGAUAUCUUCAUCAGAUUCUGAUGCAUCUGAAGAAGAAGAAAGUGACACAGAAAGUUGUAAAUAAAGAUUUUAUUUUCAAAUGUG